CGCAUGUUGAAGUGGUCCAUGCUGUGAUUGGUAGAAAAAAAGGCUUGAUGAGUGUAACGAUCCUCUCUAUCCGCAGCUCAUUUGGACAUCUGCGAUGGCGAGCAAGGAGGCCUGGAAGAAAGUGGACGUGGUCGCGGCGGGGGACGUCACCGCGAAGCUUCCGCAAGGCAAGCGGCGCUAUGUGACGGCGUUCCUGUGUCUCUGCGUCUCCACAAUCUGCUACGCCGACCGUACCAACAUGGGCAUUGCGUUACCGGCAUUUGUCACCAAUAAGAAGGAACAGGGCGAAGUACUGUCCGCCUUCUUCUACGGCUACAUGUGCACACAAAUCCCUGGAGGAUAUUUUGCUGCCAGAUUUGGUGCCAAGACUGUACUGCUAACGGGAGUUGUCGUCUGGACACUGUUUGUACGUGGCUAUACAUUGAUUAACGCUGAUUGAGGUGUAUUCUGAUCCUCAAUGUUGUUGUCGUUCCAGGAUUUGUCGACUGUUCUUGUCGCUAAAUGCCUCACUUGCCUGUUCUUCACGAGGGCAGGAAUGGGUCUUGGAGAGGGUAUCUUGUUCCCGUGUAUGCAUCAAAUUGCUGGUGCGUGGUAUCCGGUACAGGAGCGAAGUCGCUUGGUGUCGCUGGUAGCAAGUGGUUCUGAUCUAGGCACCAUCUCCGCGCUGAUCAUUUCGCCCGCCAUUAUGGCAGCCAGCGGCUGGCAACGCAUCUUUGUUGUGUUCGGUAUGUUGAGCUUCAUUUGGGUCGUGGCUUACGUGAUCAUGGGCGUGAGUCGACCCGAAGAUGACCCCCACAUCACCACUGAAGAACGCAGCUUCAUCAUUCGCAACCGCACAGUCGACCCAGAGACUCAUCGUCGUCAGAGCUCGCGUGCUGAAUUAGACACCCACGCAAUGAACUGGCGUGUAUUGCUGACCUCGCGGCCUGCGUGGGCGAUCUACGUCGCGCACAUGUGCUACAAUUACAGUUGGUACAUCUUACUGGGCUGGAUUCCGCAAUACUUUAACCAAGCUCUAGAUCUCGACCUGACCAAGAAAGGAGGCUUUGCCGCUGCACUACCUUACAUGUGCGGCUACACCGGGACGCUUCUGUUCGGACGACUGGGAGAUCUAUUGGUCACUCGCGGGUUCCGUGAACUGCACGUACGCCAGACUAUGAACGCGUUCUCUUUCCUCGGAUGCGCCUUCUUCCUCUUCUCUCUGCGUCUCGCAAAGUCUGCUCCCGUGGCGAUAGCGUUACUAUGUAUGACGCUGUUUACGAGUCGGGCUGCUAUGGCUGGAUACUGGGUCAACAUGAUCGAUGUGGCGCCUAACCACGCUGCACAUGUGAUGGGAGUCUCCAAUACGUUUGGUACCAUCCCUGGUAUCAUUGGCAAUGUGGUCACGGGCGCAAUUCUCGAUGCUACAGGAUCGUGGGAUCUCGUGUUUGCCAUCGCUGCACUUGUGCUUGUAUUCGGUGCUGCGUUCUUCCACUGCAACGCCUCGGAUAAGUCCAUUUACGCGCAGCCCGGUAGCAGCUACGGAGAAGGAUACAGCAGCACCAGCACGGCUUCAAGCAGCUUCACUAGUAGCCCCAGUUAUGGUUUAUCUCUUUCAUCUUCGGAGCUACGGGACGAAGAGGCGAGCCUGCUUGAGAACCCGAUGUGAAGAUGAACAACGCAGAAAGUACAAGUGUUAACUUUAAUGCUCAUUUUGUCGCAACCUGUAUCGACCCAAAGCGACCUUCUGAAGCUGCUGAUGCGAGAUCUCCUCGCUUGGGAAUCUCUUUUGCAUCUCUACGAACAAAUCGGUGGCUACCACCCAGUUCUCACGUUGCUCCUCUGCGUAAAUCCGUUGUAUGUAGCUCUCUGCGUCUGGGUACACACGAUAGGCUGUGGAGUCCUGCAUCGUAGCGAAUAUUGGAGCCACGAGGUGGUGUUCUUCUGCUUGAUUACACAUCUGCAUUACUUUAUUGAACACUUGGACGCUAGGUGCAACACCGAAGUGCGCUUGCCAAUUGGGAAGCAUCCGGACAGCACAACACCAUUCACCGAGAACUUCCAGUGAGUCCAACAACUGCGUCACGACAAAUUCUGGUGGGACCUGGCCCGUCGCAGUGUGCCAUUUGUGGAGUAGUAUCGGAGCUUCAACGACCCGGUCAUUGUCUUGCAACGACGUGCAGGCCACGAGGUACGCAGUAAAACUGGAGUCACUCACGAGAUCACUUUUCAGGUUAACAGCGUCCUUACCUCGAUCGCGAUCAAUAAGUCUGUCGAAUAUGGCGAUUACACCUUCCGAGUCCUCAUUCACGCUGCAUACAGCUAUCGCACGCUCGUACGUUGUUAUAUCGGGUUUCACUCGACUUCGUUGCAUGUCCUGAAGUAGGUCAAUAACACUAGCACGAGCCCACGUAGCCUUCUCACGCUGUUCAAUCGAUAAAGUCGGCCCCACUGCGGCGUCUUCAGUU